UUAUGGUUUAUAAUGCAACUCAUUUCGGUUUGAUUAUGAAUCAUAAUGUAAUUGUUUGAUUCACAACCAGCUAGCCUCGUUGGAUAAAUGGACAACUCGUGAUGUAAAAACCAUCGUUUUGCAACUCGUUGCAUAAACAAAAUCUACAGAAUAUGAUGUAACCAUUCCAUCUUAAACAUUCUGUAGAUUGGAUGCUCAAUUUACUGUUAUCCUGUUAUCGAGAUUCUGUGGGAAAAUUCGUAAAAUAGAGACAUUAUCAAUCAUGGUGUCAUAAAGUGUAGAACUGAUUCUCUGUUUCAUUGAAACAUGUCCAAAUUAUGCAGUAACCCAUUUCAACAGACACUAGUUCUUUAACCCGAGAACACGAAAUUCCUGACACCAAACAGUUCGCAGGCAUGGAAACGGCGUCGUUCGCACUUCACCGGCCAGGCCCAGACAAUCGAACUUGCAAACAUUGAACAACGCAGCACCAGCACCGCAUCGUUUGACGAGGGUGAAAAUUCGGCCCCGUUUCAUUCUACGGCCAACCAUUGAACUCUGAAGUUGAAGGUAACUGUUUGUGUAGUGGCGUUGAGUAUUUUCUCCCAAAUGAAAAACAUGGAUGCGGUUCUGCUGGAACGUGAGCGGGUCCUGUUCCGGAUGAAUGAGGAAAUCAACGCCAAAUCGCGUGGAUUUUUCGAACUCAACGAAAAUGCCAGUUGGAUGAGCACCAAGAGACGAAUGAAGAACAACAUCAGGAAGCUGAGCAAUCCGCAGUCGAUCCUGUCGGAUUCGUCGACGACUGGUUCCAGUGAUGGGGGCAAUAACAAGGAAAACGAUUGCGACCAGACAAGUCCUUCGGAUGCGGAAACUGAAUUCAAUGAUAGCGCGACACAAUGCACAGAAGAAAAGUCGUUGGACAGCGAAAAAGAUUGCGGUUCGUCAGUAGAUUUUCCGAAGGAUGAGCUACAGCUCGUGAAGCCAAGUGAGAAAAAGAUAAAUAAUAAAGCCGUUGCCAAGCAGGGUUUGGCGGUUUCGGCCGGUGCGAAGAAUGUGAACAAGAAUAUGGCCGAUGUAGUACCGAAAGUGCUGGAAAAAAAGAACAUCAGUUCGGAAGGGUUGAUUAAGUUUCUAAAGUCAAAGGUUGCAAUCGUACAAACUGAGCUGGAAUCCGUGCAGAAACAGAACGAAGCGAACGUUAAAGAUUUAAAUUUGGCGCUUGAUCGGUUGAAACAGUUGGAAAACUUUAAAGAGCAACUGUUGACGAAAAACGCUGCCCUGGAGCGCACGGUUAAGAAAUUCGAAGAGCGCAAUUUAGAGUUGGACAAGCAAGUGAAGGAAAAAGAAGUCCAUAUAACUAAUGCCGCCAAAGAGUUGUCCACUGCUCGUACCGAGAUACGCUGUCUAACCCAGAACAAUCAAAAUUUGGAGAAAAGACUGUUCAAAGCACAGGAAGACAUCGACAGCUAUAAGAUCAAGUUGAACAUUGCUAAUGAUGCCGAAAAGGAGACACGCGACGGAGCACGCCAAGAGCGGCUGACCUACGAGAAGCAAAUAAAACAACUGAGGAAACAAAGAAGUGAAGUCCUGGCGGACUACAAAAAACUCCUGAUGGUGGUCGACCAGAUGAAGAAGCAAAAUUUCCAAACGGACCAGGAACGUCUCAUCAGUGACUUCGAGAGGGACUACUUUAGACAUUUGGAUGAUGUUUCCUCAUGUUCGCUACCACAAUGAAAUGAAGUUGACAUUUUUGUAGCCAAGUCUUAUAGGAUUUUAUGUGUUUUUGCGUGUUCUGAGUGGUAGAGUAAAAAGACUCGAACUGAUCAACGAUGGUGUCACAUUUUCUGGAAAUGGUAUACCGAUGAUUUUCAUUCAAGGAAAUGUAAUACCACUUGAUCAAUUAGUAACUUAGUGUGUGAUAAUAUUAUGCAUAACAGCUCUGGAGUAGAUUUUGAAUUGAAUUUUAAUGACUAUAAAUAGCUACGCCUAUGUAACACGUGCGUGAGCAUAUUCUUAUCCAGUAAGAGUUCGAUUAAAUGCUAGAAGCCAAAAGAUUGCUUAGAAUAUUUUUGAUAACAAUGUUUCUAUGAAAUCAAAAUUAAAUUUAAAAAAAAUGUA